AUGUAUAUUUCAGAAUUCUAAGAUGUUGAUUCUAAAAGAGUUAAGGAAAGACUAGUGGAGAGUGCCUACAACAAAGUCUUGGUCUGGAGGAAGAUAUUCUAAGAGGGUUUGAUCAAUGAACAAGGAGAAAAGCAGCAUUACUCUUUAAAAGAGGCUGCCAAAUUUGUUGGUGUUCCUAAAAAGACCUUGGAGGAUUAUACGUCAAUCUUCCACAAGGUUGGGUUAGUUGCUUCGCUGUUUGAUUUCUGGGGGAAGAAGAUGGGAUUCCUUAGAAAUUUUAUAAGAAAAAAUAAAUCAAAAAUUAGAAAAGCCUUAAUUGCUGAAAGAUUAUAAUAAUACGAAAGAAAGCGAGAAAACUUAACUAUAAAGAAAAAACAAACCAAGGGUUCAAACUUUCUUGAAGAUUUUUCAUCAUGUAAAGAGACAGAACAAUUUUUCGAAAGGGUCUCUGAUCAGAAUUUGUUCAAUUCUGAACCUGAAGAAAUUGAUGAUGUGUUCUAAGAAAGUCAUGUCCUUUUGCCAAUUGUCAAAUUUUGA